AUGAAGGAGAUUGGAACAAUAGAAGACAACAUAAAUGUUGACGACUAUCCUGCGCAUAACGCUGCUCCACUGAGAGGAGUCGAGCGAAAUGAAGUGCUUACUUUUGGAGAUUACACUGCUCCAAAGCACACUUCACUAUUUUCUUGCAUUCGUAGACCGGGAAACAAGCGAACUCGCCUCGAUCUACAACCUGCUUUUAUCCAGAUGCUAUACGGGAGUGCUUUAAGAGGUAACUCUACCGAGGACCCCAACUUGCAUCGAACUCUGUUUAAAUCUCUGUGUCAGUCUGUUAGAGUAGCGAACGAAGUUUCGACUGAGGAAGUGCCACUUCUUGGUUUCCCCUUCUCUUUAUCAAGAAAAACACUCGAAUGGCUCUAUGCUCUGCUAGCAGAUUUGAUCCAUACAUGGGAUCAACUUGCUGACAAGUUCAUGAACCGAUUUUUUCCUGCUCAUAAGACUCAACUUGCGAAGAACAAGAUUAACUCCUUCUCGCAAGAACAUGGAGAAUCCUUGAGUGAAGCAUGGGAACGAUUCAAGGAAUAUCGAAGAGCAUGCCCUCAUCAUAACUUCGACAGAUACUACCUUUUGUUAAGUUUCUUGAACGGAUUGAGGGAUGAGAUAAGGUUCUACAUUAGCUGUGCCAGCGGAGGUAGCCUUCAAAAGCUAAUCUCUGAUGAGUUGGAAGAACUAAUCGAACGUACGGCUAGCAAUAGAACCACUCCAAUUGAGUUCUCGAGAAAAAGGUGUAAUGUAGAGAAUGAACCGAGCGUUCCAAAACUCGAGACCAUUCCAAGGUCAAACUUUCCAACAGAGACCUCAACAACUGUUAAGAAUACCGAGGGUAUCAAGGGAACCAACAGUUUAGAGGUCAGCAACAACAACAACCUCAGCAAAAAUUGGAUCAGACCCCCCGAUAUAAAGUUAAUGCUCGAGACGCUCUUGCAAGGGCAAUCAUCUAUGAACAACACGAUGCAAGGGAUGGUCAUCGAACAAAGUGAUCUAAAGAAGCAAAUCCAAGGGAUAGAGACCCAUGUCAAGCUUUUAGACAACCAGCGAUUGCAACGUACUCCGCCAGUUGACGGUGAGUUCACGAAAUUUGCUGAUAUGUGGGAAAAGAUGAAAAUUGUCCAGCCUCUACAAGAAGCUAUAGCGCAAACACCAUCUUACGAGAAGUUUCUUAAAGACUCACUCGUUAAGAAGAAUAGAAGAGGAACCAUUAAUCCUGACAACUGA